AUGGAUAACAGUUCGUAAGAAGAAGAGGAUAAGAAUUAGAAAACAUUAGAUGAAUAUUCUAAUUAAUUAUUAUUUCCAUCUUUAGGAUUAUCCUGUCAUUCAACCUUCUUAACUACCUAUUCUAUCGAUACUUGCUUCACUCUCUCUAAAGAAGUUCAACCUACUAUAUUUUAAUUAGAAUCACAAACGAUUCCAUAAAAGAAUACUAGAAAAAAUAUUCUAAAGAAUUCAAAAAGCAUUAGAAGAAAAACUAAGUAAAAUUAGAAAACUAAAAAUAUUGUCAAUAAAGUUCUUAAUGAAAUAUAGGAUCUAAUAUAAUAAAUUAAUUCACAUCAUCCUUUUUAUCAUACCUAAUAUGUAUAAAAGUUGAAAUCAUUGAUUGAAAAUCUAGAAAAUCUGUUAGGAAAUAUGAAACAUCAACUACUAGUUUAAAUUAAAGAAUAAGACUUCCAAAUCGAUAAAUAAUGA